AUGCUUCGAGACCCUGCAAACCACGUGCUUGCCCCAAACCCCCCUGCAGUCUCACCGCCAGGGAGGACCCUCGCCUCGGUCCUCAUCACGGCCUCUGGGGCCACUCCCCACACCGCCCCGGCUUCCUGGGUCUUUCUGGCGCCCGUUUUGGGGCCUCUCCUCCGAGCCCCUCCCCAGCACACCCCCCUUUCCUGGCACAACGAGCUGCCCCGGCCCCCGCAUCCCUGGUGUGGCCGACCCCAGGUUUCAGAUGUGGGGGGCCGAAUCGUGGGGGGACACGCUGUCCCAGCCGGCACAUGGCCCUGGCCGGCCAGCCUCUGUCCGCGGAGAGUGCACGUGUGGGGAGGGUCCCUGCUCAGCCCCCAGUGGGUGCUCACGGGGCACUGCUUCUCCGGGUCCCUGAACUCAUCCGACUACCAGGUGCACUGGGGAGAGCUCAAGGUCACUCUGCCCCCCAGCUUCUCCACCGUGGGGCGGGUCAUCCUGGACUCCAGCCCCACAGGGCCACCGGGGUCCAGUGGGGACAUCGUCCUGGUGCAGCUGAGUGCCCCCGUGAGCCUCUGCAGCCAGGUGCUGCCCGUGUGCCUGCCAGAGGCCUCGGCCGACUUCCGCCCUGGGACAUGGUGCUGGGUGACCGGCUGGGGCUACACGCAGGAGGGAGAGCCCCUGCCGGCCCCACACAGUCUGCAGGAGGCGGGAGUCUCCGUGGUGGACACGGACACCUGCAACCAGGACUGCUCCAGCCCAGAGGGCGGCGUGGUCCAGCCCGACAUGCUGCGCGCCCAGGGCCCGGGGAUGCCCGCCCAGGAUGACUCGGGAGAGCCCCUGGUCUGCCGGGUGGACGGCUCCUGGCUGCAAGCCGGCACUGUGAGCUGCGUGGGCCGUGCCGCCCGGCCGAGGGUCUACACCCGCGUCACUGCCUACGUGGACUGGAUCCGCUGCCACAUCCGGGCCUCAGAGGGCUCAGGGUCUGCCCGCCCCGGGCCCCACGUGCUGCCCCUCCUGGCCGGCUUCUUCCUCCCUGGACUCCUCCUGCUGCUCUCCUGCACCCUGGUGGCCAAGCGCUGGCUGCGCCCAGCCUGGGUCGCCCCCCCAUAA